AUGGGAACGAGAUCGCUCAGCUCGACGGCAAACUGCCGACCACCUGGCAGUGCACAAAAUGCGUUGCGCCUGCAAACAAGUCCUCACAACGUCUCUGAAAUGCAACGCGACUUGCAAGCAAGCCCACAGAUGACGUCAACAGGAUAUACAGUGCCUUCGCUUCUGCAACUAAACGAUGAUGUCCUGGCGCUUAUACUGCGCCAAUUGAAUCUGUACGAACAAUUCGAGCUGGCCCAGCUUCAUAGUCGCCUGGAGAGCAUACGCCAAACGCUGUGGAGGACACGAGUGCAGAAUGUCCUGCUGUGGGGAGAAAUGUUUGCCAUUUCGCCGCCGAAACCGCGCCACUUUCUGGCCUUUAUACAAGCGCUGGUGCCACACAUGGAGCAUCUGUGUCUGCAGAACAUAGAUGUGCGCAAGCUGCGCCUACUUAGUGGCCUAAAACUGCCAGCGGUACACACUCUGGAAUGGUUGGGCCUACCCACAUAUCGAGGCCGACUUGUGGAUGAGGAUGUGCGGCUGCUGCAACGGGUCUUUCCCAGCCUUCGGACCCUGAAGUUGCGCUCCUGUCGCAUUACUGGCAAAUAUCUAGGAGAGUUUCCGCUGCUCACCGAACUGAGUCUCGAUGACUGCCAUCAUCUGGAUUCGGAGCACUUUCGGGAAAUAUUUCGCCAACUGCGCCUGCGCAAAUUCGACAUUAUGGAGGACUGUGAUGAGGUGAAUUGCUGUGAUCUUGUCGAUGUGCAGCAAUGUCUCACACUGGAGCACAUCAAGAUAGCCGACUAUCAUCUGUGCAUGGAGGAGGGCAUUACGCAGGACCUUCUGCGCAUGCCCGCCCUGCACAAGCUCUCGAUCUACUCCAAAAAUUUCGUCUUCGACGUGCUCGAGCGCAUAGCGCGGCAUGGCAAUGGAAACGAUGGCGGCAAAGUGAUCGAUGGAUUUCGUUUCAGCGGCACACCACACAACUUCGAACGACUCUUCAGGGAGCUGGGAAACCUGCGCCACCUCCGUCGCCUGGCAGUCGACGGCUGUUGUAGUCUGGCUGGCAACGAUGUCGAGUGCAUUACUGAUUAUAUGUUAUUGGAGCUCUCGCAAAAGUUGCCCGAGCUAUGCGAGCUGCGAUUUAGCGGCUGCGAACUCGAAAGCUAUCGCGGACUCCUCCAUUUCGUGGUCAACUGUCGCCAGCUCCGCCUACUAGACAUCACACGCUCCCGCCGCAUUGGCGAUAGCUUCGUGUGGCGCUGCCUGGAACUAUUGGUCAAGCAGAAGUGGCGCACUCAACCAUUAGAGUUGUGGAUCCGCCAGAGUGAUAUAGACAAUAAUAUUGUACAGAAUCCCCGCUUUAUACCCAAUGAUAAGUUGCUGAAAAUCGAUUCCAGGAGCCUGACGCACAACAUGGAACAGUUGUCCGGCGUACUAAAGUUUACAUUUGUCCGUUAA